GGCCGCUUCCGGUUGUGCUGCUGGAUGCAUGGUAGUAGCUACAUCUACGUUAGCCCUACCGCGUAAAGUGAAAGCGAAGCUACGUGGUGUGACUAGAGUGCCAAGCAUCUGGGAAACAUUACACUAAAGGCUCUGUCAUGAGCAGCUGAACAACUGACGGUGCAGCCCCACUCCCAAACCUCAGAGCCCUGGGUCAGUUGUUAUUCAUCCACGGACACUGUGGACCACCUCAAAUGGGACGCGAGGCGGACAGUGAAGGAUAAUCACAUCUGACCACAGUGAGCCACUUUGGACCUUUUUUAAGCCUAAACUGGUGUUUAAAUGAACGAGAAGGCGGAGGAGGGCCAGCCCCCUGGCAGAGACCCCUUGGAUGAAGAUGUGGGUGAAGGCGCAGAGAAGAAGAGCAGCGAAGCAGAAAGCACCCCAGCAGCAACACCGGGGCCCCCAGACUCUCCCAGCACAAAGGAGGACCCCAGCCCCGACCUGGAAGAAACCCUAGCGGAGGUGAAAGAGGAGGCUAAGUCUAUUAGUGGUGAGCCUCCUGUUGACUGGUUUGAGCCGCUGGAAGAUGAUGAUGACGCUGAGAGCAUUGGCAGAAAUGAUCCAGAGGAAGAAAGCCUGGCAGGAGAAAGUGAGAGGAGUGAGAGUGUCGGAGGCAGUGAGAGCACCGUCAGAAAGAAAUAUCAUCUUCAGAUGCCUCGGCGCAAGCGGUCACAUCCGGAUGAGGGAUGGGUCAAGUGGCCUGCACUUGGAGAAGGCUGGAAACGCAAAGAGGUUGUUCGACGCUCAGGUUCUAGCGUUGGCCAGAAGGACGUGUAUUACCUAAGCCCACGGGGGGAGAGAGUAAGAAGCAGAGUUGAGCUGAUUUCGAUGCUGGAUGGAUCUCUUGACUUGUCCAAAUUUGAAUACAAGUCGGGCACGUUCUACGACGGAGAGGCACAACCCAUAAGAAUUCGACACAGAAUGAAGAGAAAGAUGCGGGAGCGUUCUUCCUCAGAGUCCAGUUGGAUGGAGAGAGGAGAGGGGGCAGACACUCCCGACUCCUACCACAGGCUCACCCCAAACCUCGGGACCAAAAACGUCCACCAGACGGGCCUCUCCUCGAACACUCCAGCAGGAACACCGAACCAAGGCCACCGCAGUGACGGGCCACCUGUGGAAGAGAGAAUGGUCAAACUUCCUCUUCCGUCGUCGUCCAAGCCGCUUCCGCUUCCCUCUAUAAACGGAGAAAUCGGGUCAGAGGACAGCAUUCUGAUCUGUGCCAGAUGUGGUAUUUCUUUCACAGGCACGUGGUAUGACAAACAAAGAAAGAGGCCCUGCUGUCCUGCCUGUUGGGCAGAGUCGAAGACAAAAGAGCAUCCGAUGAUUCGUUUCAGAAAGUGGAUACCCUGUGGUCAGUGUGUUGGGUGCCAUGACACAAUGAAUUGUGGGCAAUGUGCCAAUUGCAAGCGUGGAUUACAGAACCCAGACUCCAGGAAACGGACAUGCAGGAAACGUAAAUGUGUAUGUCCUAUUCGGAAGGCCCCCGGGAGUGGAACCUUCAUGCAGCAGAGGCCGUUCAUUGACAAUCCUGACACGUUUGACGAUAGCAUGAGUUUCCAGAGUGAAUUUGCAGACUCACAGCACCCAAGUCUCAAAAGCAGCGACACAGAGAACUUCUCAGUCAACGUGGACGUUGAGGAUGAAGACGAACUGUCGACUGACGAUGAUGACGAUUUAGUCUCCGAAGCGUGUCGGGAUCGCGGAGCUGAAUCACAGACAGUGAAAGAAGCUAGGGACAGGACCCAGCAGAGUCUAGACGCCGGUGGUUGUAGAGCAUCAGGUAGAGUUAGGAGGUGGCAGAUGAAGACGUCAAGGACGACCAGGAAGGAGAGGUGGCAUAAGAAGCGGAAGCGGCGUUCUUGCGGGGAAUGCAAGGCCUGUCUCUGCAGGAAAGACUGUGGCACUUGUGACUUCUGUGUAGACAAACCCAAGUUCGGAGGAAGCAACAAAAAGAGGCAGAAGUGUCGUCUGCGCCAGUGCCAGAGACAGGCCAUGGUCAGGUUUAUUCUUCAGUUCUUGAUUUUUGCGGCGUCUGUUGCAAUAAUUUUGGUUUCAAACGUCCCUCUGCUUUAUUUUGGACAGAGACAUUUGCUGCCCUUCCAGAUGGGACAAAGUGAAUUUGGUCCAGAGGGUCCAGGGCUGCCUGGCCGGCCAAGACCUACCUACACAUACAGCCGGAAGACUGGGUUUAAAAGAAGCAAAGGGUCACAGAUGGGCUUAGACUCUGACAAUGAAGACGAUGACAGUUAUUUACCACCACUGAAUUGGAGCUCUGAGCUUCCGAUGGAGAGUAAACCGGCUUUCGACAUGACUGUGAGAAACCACCACUCAUCUAUGCAGCUGAACCAUUUAGAUUUUGGGGAGCGGAACGGGCUCUCUGACCGAGUCCCGCACAUCGGCAACUCUCAUCUGGACGAGCAGAGCAGAUGGGAUGUGGAGAGAUCGCACGCAGCCAGAGUGGAUCCGAAGCAUGUUGACGAAGAUGACGAAGAAGAGGAUGAGCUGCCGAUGAUUACACAGAUCUUCAGUUUGGCUGACAGUUCGAGUGCGAGUGGUGCAGACGUAGAAAACCAGCUCAUGAAGCUCCUAGACUCUUUGCGCUCCUCUGUGCUGCCGAUCUUAUGGUAUGCUAUAAUGGUGGACGGCCCGCAGCUGCAGCUCAUCCAGUGCUCUAAGCAGUCCAGCAUGACUGACACCAUAGUGCUGAUAGACCCGGGCUUCUGCUACCAGGUCACCGUUCAGAAGCAGCCGCUGCUCCCCACCCACCCGCUGUACGACCACCACCCGCCUCGUCUGACCUCGGUGACCGACGUGGUCAACCUGCUCCUGGGCCUGGAGAAGUACACCGUGUGCCAGGGACUGCCCCCCACCAUGGUGCCGUCGUUUCACCACAACCCCAUCAUCCUGGAGAGGGCGUCGACGUGCGACUUCUUGGUUAAUAAGAACACGGGCAUUUGCGCCGACUGCAGAGCACUUCAAGGACUCUAACAGAAAGAAAGAAAACAUCCGGGACCACAGCCGAGACCACCGGGUUUUCUGGUGCUUUUUCUUCUGGUGAGAAUCUUUAGGAAAUCUUACCGACUUACCUCCGGACUUAGAGUUAGACUCGAUUAUUUGAUGAAUCACCAAAGGUAUUGCGGGAGCUGUGACUUUAUAAUGCAGAUGUUUGUCUUCUCAGAUAUUUCCUUAUGUUGGUGUAGGGCUUUUCUACGUGACUGUUAAGUGUCAGAGUCUGAGCUGAAAUCCCGUUAGCCCGCUGUGCGGUUAAUGUGCCACUGGUUAUUCCACACUCUUACUUGAGGUAUUUCUCUCACACUCUCACUGUUGUUACACAUUUAAGUGAUCCUUCCUCCUCAACGUUUGUCUCGCACAUGACUCACAUGAACCUUGGUUAUUAGCCCAAUUAUCUUUUCACCAGCGUCAUUGGCCGUCUUGUCCUGCUGCAUGUGGAGACUGCUACACACAGGUAGUGGGACAAACCAUAUUUAAUGGAUUUAACCAGCAGACUCAAUGUUUCGGGAGGGAGGGGGGCAACAAGUUGUGUUGGCAUAUUGCCUAAUUUUCCAUUUAGAGACGAGAGUUAUAGGAUCAUUUGCACUUUCUUUGUUGCCGUUUUCUCGUUAUGUAGCAUUUUGUGUUCUCUGUUCUUUUAAUACAGUUUGGUUCAUCACGUGCUUUGACAUUUUUCUUUUCUAUGCAGUGAAAUAGGGUUUUUAUACAGGACAUAAGCAAAUUUCAGGGCUUAUGAAAACCUAUUCAGCCCUCGUAAACCUUUAUUGGUUUUUAAAACGAGUUUUACAAUAUUUAAUUAUGUUUCAAAGGAAUGUGAAUCUCCACCAAAUGUACCAGAAUUCAUACACGCACAAAGCAGCAAAUUUGUAUCCGUCCCCGACCGACACGAAUCUAGAUUUUUAGUUCAGUGACGUCCAAGACAACGAGACGAAGCCGCUGUUUGAAAAGAAGACACUGAAGUAGAGACUGGCAUAACUGAGCGAUACUAAUGGAGUCCAAUGUAUACUUGAGGAGACCCCGAAUAAUGAGAACAGAGUGUAAAGUUUAUCACAGGUCAACUACUGUCCCACAGGUGUUAAUAUUUGUCCUGUAUGCGCUCGCUUGCCAGUUCAUUAAGUAAACUAGUCGAAAUGAACGCGUGAUGCAACAUCCUGCGCUAAAUCUGUUUAUGUUGAAGAUUUGAGGAUGUAGUUAGUGCCAUACAUAAACCACGUUUCUGCUAUGUAAUCGGGGUCGUCAGAAUCUAUAGAAACACGUGUCGGUACAACGAUUCAACAGUGCUACAAACCACAGCCAGUGAACUGAUAAGUGAGUCUAUUUGAAUGCUGCGUCUGUUUUAAAAGCGUUGCAAUCACAGCAAAUUACAAAUUUAAACCAAGAAAAGUGCCGUGAGAUGAACAUAAUGUGUCUUUAACAAGGCUCAGUAAACACUCUUCACGCAGCUGUGAGUUAAACCCAAGACAUAUUUGAGUUUCUCACACACUGAUCAUCGCGUCCAGAUUGAGGCUGAUACUUUUAACAGUGGUUGGUUAUAUUUGGACAAUACUGCGAACGGAGCACCUGCACUUCUUUAGUAUAUGCUUGUAUAAUGUAUCUCUACAAUGAAACUGACGUUGUGGCCAUAAAUCAUUUUACAGAUAACUAAGUAUUUAUUAGUUUGUUAGAAGUGUGUUCAACCUGCUGACCUUACAACAUUUUUUUUUGUUCCUGUUUGACACUAUUGCAGUAUUUUAAACCUUCGGAUAAAUCUUAAAAAAAAAUAAUAAACAUAAAUGUACAGCAGUUAUGUUUUUUUUUUCCUGUCCCCGUUUCAAUCAGACAUUUCUGAAAUAGGUCAGUGACUUAUAAUAAAUAAUGUGAAACUUUAUGCAUUAUUGACAUUUAUAUGAUUUAUUUUUUAUUAUCUUGUUUUUUUUUUCUCAAGAAAUUGUGCAAAUAUUGAAAUAUCUGGGGUCAGUGAAUUAUUCUUGAAAAAAGAUUGUUAUUUAGUCUUUGAAUUAAAAAAAUUAUUUGAAGAAUUACUCGAGGGUUCUUGGUCUUUCUGGAGAAUGUGUGCUAAGAAACUGCUUAUUUUUUUGUAUUAAGUUUUUAUUUAUUACGUAUGUCUCAAGCCCACGAUGAGAAGAAGCUAGUGUAAAAUGUCUGAGGUUUUUAUUUUGAGUGACGGCGCACAUGCUUGGUUAUUGUUGGUCAAAUUGUUGAUUUUAUUAGUACGUGUUGUUUCUGUGGAAAUCACAGAAUGCCUUUAAAUUAAACCAGGCCUGUAUUUAAUGUUUCUCAAGAGA